AUGGACUUUGGCUCUAUCUCUGGCAGGUCCACCAAGUCGAGCAUGAAGCGAAAGCAAUCUAGCUCUCUGCUGACCGCAUUCCGCAAGUCCUCUCAACCCCCGCCCACCUCAUACGUUCCCCCACCUAGCACCACCUCAUCUCACUUUCCCGAACCCGAAUCACCCUACUCCGAAUCCGUAUCGUCCCAAUCCCACUCCCAAGCCUUCUACAAUGACUUUGCUCCCGGCUCAGCUUCAGGCAGCGGUGGACGGUAUGCCGAAUCGACCAGCUCGUCGUCACGGACCGCUAUCGGCUCUUCUGAGGGCGCAGGGACGUAUCCGACGUUCGGAAGAGGAGGUGCUGGACGGGUCAAGAGUGGAUCUGGAGCGCCAUCUGUGAUGAGCCCGCCUGGCCUGUCUGGAAGUACAGGAAGUCAAGGGGAGAAGCGGGAGAAGGACAAGGAUAGGGAUAAGACGGGCGGAGGAGCGAUAGUGAGGCGGCCAGAGGACCUCGUCAAGGUCACGAGGGACAGACUCGUUAGCUGGAGCUAUAUGAUGCUGUGGUAUCAAGGGGAUACGCACUGGUUCAACACCGUGAAAAUCCCUCGGACGACCACUGAAGCACAUCUCGGACCGAAAGCGCUUGAGUCUCGAGCACGCAACUUCUUCAUUUUAGGCAUCAGCUUGGGUCUCGUCUUCGAUAUAGCCAACGGAAGUGACUUUCUCAAGGCAGUCAAUCGGGUGCUUGAUGAAUGGGAGACUAUGGGCGAAGGCGGCAGCAAGGUAAGAGGCCUGUUUAAAGGCCAGAAGGGAAGUCGCAAGUCCGGCAGUGGCGGAGAGUACAUGGGUAUGCAGGAUGGCGACUCCGCGAUCAUGCAGAUCAACCUCCCAUUCACUCUCGACUUCUUCCAAAUACACAGCACCACCUGCUCCCUCAUCCGAGACAUCUACCGCAAGAUCCUCCGCCUCUUCCUCCCAUCUCGCCAGGGCUGGUCACCACCGCCCGCCGAUCCAAACGCGCUUACCCACCCAUCUACCAUCAUUCACUCCGCUCCUUUCGACUCCUCGUCGAGUUCUGCGCCUCCCUUUUCCCGCUCCAACUCCGGCUCGGUCGACCACAGCCAGAACACCAUGCGCUCCCCCUCGACCCGCUCAACAUCAUCGGCGAGCCAUACACCUGGCAGCUUCAAUCCUGGAGCUGGAUACGGCAGUCCACUGCAGAACGAGCUCGAGGAUAUGAGCAUGGGGAUGGAACAGGCGUUCAUGGCUGGUGCCGGUACUCCCGGAGGCAGUGCCGGAGGCGCUGGAGGGGAAGGCGGAAGCGACUCUUUCCAGGCGUUCAUCUGUGGAGAGCUUGGGCCGGACCAGAUGCUCGUAGGGGAGGGUCAAGCCUUGACCAAGGAGGUAGUAGAGCUCUUUGCCAAGGUGGAUGGCAAGCUCAGGAAACACUUUUCCUCUCUCCUUCGCGAGACCGACAUGCUAGCUCGUCGGGUCCUCGACGACGAGCUCAACGCCCUCAUGGCGUCGCUCAAUCCCGGCGCUCGGCCCAUGUCUUUCGACUACAAUGCUGCCCUGUCCAAUACUGGCAAUGGCUUCGCCCUCGGUCCAUCUCGGCGCGGAAGCAGAAGUCGACCCAGCUCGGCCGGCACGGGGUAUCAGCAAAGUAUAGAGACUGGCUCGAUACCUCCAGUGCCGCUUUUUAGCGGCUCUUCCACCUACGGCAGGGAGAGAUCUGGCGGAGAGGGAGGAUAG